UCCCAUUAUUUUUCUGUGUUUCUUCUCAGGUCCUCUGUAUAAAGAAGACUCGUUCUUCCCCAAUUUUCUUUCUUCACACCGCGACCGAUUUGAUUUUCCGGCGGAUUUCAUUCUCCUCAGAUCUAUUCCGGUGGUUCUCUCCUUCCUCCAGAUCUCUCACUUCCAAUCGGUUAAUCGAAUUCCCUUUGCUGUCCGAUUGCGAAGUAGUUUGCGAUGGAGGCGAUCGAUGAGUUGUCUCAGCUUUCGGAUUCGAUGAGACAGGCGGCGGCACUGCUCGCCGACGAAGAUCCAGAGGAGAGCUCGUCUUCGAGACGCGCUUCCACUUUCCUCAACGUCGUUGCCCUAGGAAAUGUGGGAGCUGGAAAGUCUGGGAUUCUGAAUAGUCUGAUUGGACAUCCAGUUCUGCCAACGGGUGAAAAUGGUGCUACACGGGCUCCCAUAGUUGUUGAUCUGAGUAGGGAUGACUCUUUGAGCAGCAAAGCAAUAAUCUUGCAAAUCGAUAAUAAAUCUCAACAAGUCUCUGCAAGUGCUUUGCGGCGUUCUCUACAAGACAGGCUUAGCAAAGGAUCAUCAGGGAGGAGCCGUGAUGAAAUAUACUUGAAACUUCGUACAAGCACAGCUCCACCACUGAAAUUAAUUGAUUUACCUGGUCUGGAUCAGAGAAUUGUGGAUGACUCUACGAUUGGUGAAUAUGCUCAACACAAUGAUGCCAUACUGCUGGUUGUAGUGCCUGCUAAUCAGGCGCCUGAAAUUUCAUCAUCCCGAGCACUGAGGACGGUGAAGGAGCAUGAUCCAGAGAGCACUAGGACAAUAGGCAUUAUCAGCAAAAUUGACCAAGCAGCAGAGAACUCAAAAGCCCUUGCAGCAGUUCAGGCUCUUCUCACAAAUCAGGGACCUCCAAAAACAUCUGAUAUGCCCUGGGUUGCUUGUAUUGGCCAAUCUGUCUCAAUAGCAUCAGCACAGUCGGACAGCAGUGAGAACUCUUUGGAAACUGCUUGGCGUGCUGAGAGUGAAAGUCUUAAGUCCAUUUUGUCGGGUGCCCCACAAAGCAAGCUUGGCAGAAUUGCCUUGGUGGAUACCCUUGCUAGCCAGAUUCGUAACAGAAUGAAACUUAGGCUUCCUAAUAUCUUAACCGGGCUCCAGGGUAAGUCACAAGUGGUGCAGGAUGAACUAUUUAGGCUUGGUGAACAAAUGGUUCAUAGUGCUGAAGGUACAAGGGCUAUAGCUUUGGAGCUCUGUCGGGAGUUUGAAGACAAAUUUCUUCUCCACUUGGCUGGUGGCGAGGGUAGUGGUUGGAAAGUUGUUGCAAGUUUUGAAGGCACUUUCCCCAACCGUAUCAAGCAGCUCCCACUGGACAGACAUUUUGACCUUAAUAAUGUCAAAAGGAUUGUGUUAGAGGCAGAUGGUUAUCAACCUUAUCUGAUAUCUCCGGAGAAAGGGUUGAGAUCCUUAAUAAAGGGUGUCCUUGAGCUGGCUAAAGAUCCUGCACGUUUUUGUGUUGAUGAGGUUCAUCGAGUCCUUGUUGACAUAGUUUCUGCUUCUGCAAACGCUACACCUGGUCUUGGGAGAUAUCCCUCUUUUAAGAGAGAGGUUGUAGCUAUAGCAAGUGCCGCACUUGAUGCAUUCAAAAAUGAAGCAAAGAAGAUGGUUGUCGCCCUAGUUGAUAUGGAGCGUGCUUUUGUUCCACCCCAACACUUUAUCCGUCUUGUGCAGAGGAGAAUGGAGAGGCAACGCCGUGAGGAAGAGCUGAAGGGUAGAUCCUCUAAGAAGGCACAGGAUGGAGAGCAGUCCCUUUUAAGCAGGGCGACCAGUCCUCUACCAGACGGGCAGCCUGCUGGUGGGAGUUUAAAAUCGAUGAAAGACAAAUCAAGUGAGCAAGAUAAAGAUAAAGAUACACAAGAGGUGUCCGGUCUGAAGACUGCUGGACCCGAGGGGGAGAUAACAGCAGGAUAUUUAUUGAAGAAAAGCGCAAAAACAAAUGGAUGGAGUAGGCGAUGGUUUGUUCUAAACGAAAAAACUGGAAAGCUUGGUUAUACCAAAAAGCAAGAAGAAAGAAAUUUCCGUGGCACAAUAACAUUGGAGGAAUGCACUAUCGAAGAAAUCUCUGACGAUGAAGGAGAAAAGUCAAAGAGCUCCAAGGGCAAGAAGGCAAAUGGACCUGAUUCAAAAGGACAAGGCCUUGUAUUUAAGAUAACCAGUAGGGUUCCGUACAAGACCGUACUAAAAGCUCACAAUGCCUUGGUGCUUAAGGCUGAGAGCGGAGUCGAUAAGAAUGAGUGGCUGAAAAAGUUGCAAAAUGUGAUACAAGUCCGAGGAGGCCAAGUGGGUGGCCUUUCUAUGCGUCACAGUCUUUCAGAAGGUUCACUUGAUAAAAUGGUAAGGAAACCAGUAGAUCCAGAAGAGGAACUCCGAUGGAUGUCCCAAGAAGUGCGGGGUUAUGUCGAAGCUGUUCUCAACAGUCUUGCGGCCAAUGUUCCAAAGGCUAUCGUCCUUUGUCAAGUGGAGAAAUCGAAGGAAGAUAUGCUCAACCAGUUAUAUAGUUCUAUAAGUGCAUUGAGCAAUGAAAGAAUCGAAGCACUGAUCCAAGAGGAUCAGAACGUUAAACGACGAAGAGAGCGUUUCCAGAAACAAUCAUCAAUUCUCUCGAAACUCACAAGGCAGCUAAGCAUUCACGACAACCGAGCAGCAGCAGCCGCCGCUUCUUCAAGUUGGUCCGACAAUGGUGGAACUGAAAGCAGCCCGAAAACGAGCGGAGGUUCUUCGGGAGAUGACUGGAGGACAGCCUUCAACGCUGCAGCUAAUGGACCUGACUCGUUGUCAAGGUAUGGAUCCGGAAGCCAUAGCCGCCGCUCCAGCGACCCGGCUCAGAACGGUGAGCCCUCAUCUGGGUCGGGGUCGAACCGCCGCACCACCCCGAAUCGGCUGGCUCCUGCUCCCCCUCCGCAGUCCGGUUCGUCGUACAGGAAUUAGAAUGAACCGCAUUUCCUUGGUACCAACCAUUUUCAUCGAAAUUAUUUUAGCCCUUACGGUCUCAUUUUCUGGGACUCGUUUACAAUUGUUUUCGAUCAUAUGGUUUUUGUAGAUAAAUGUGAAGUCUUUACAUGUAUGUUUGUGUUGCAGUUGAUGACUUUGGUCGGUCUUCGACUUUUCUUUCACUUAUUAAAACACCCAUUAUAAAUUCA